AUGUGGUCUUUAACAACUAUUUCAACUAGAAUGGAAACUUCUGUCGCUCCUGUCUACAUUAAAGAAGCAAAAGCAAAUGGUCAAGAUGUAAAUGUAAUUGAGAUCGCUUUACCUCCUAUUAAUUCCAAACAUUAUUUGAGCAUAUUGGAAGAUAUCCAUAAUGCAUUAGAUCAUGUAACUGUCAUCUGGAUUUCACGAGAGACUACAAUGGGUAAAAUCGUAGAAUGGAUCAAAAAGGAGGGAAAUAAGAAAUCUAAUUUUCUAGUUAAUGAUAAAAUUCGGGAGCAGAUGUUUGCUAAAGCAAACUAG